AUGGAAUCGCCCAAUGUCGCGACUUGUGCGGAGAUCGACCACAUAUUCACCAACCGGAGGUGGUGUCUACUUGAUGUCUCAGCAGUACCAUCCUUUCGUAGUGGUUCUGAUCACCGUCUCCUUCGUUCGAAAAUACGACUUAACCACACGGAAAAGAAGAUCUGCUAUCGGCAACGAAGAAGAAAAGAAGUCGUCUACGACGACAGCGUACUCGAGGACUCCUUGUUCCAAGGCGACUGGCACAUCGAGGAGGACCCUAACGUGGACUACGAGAUGCUGCUCAGAGGAUUACGAGCCUGUGUUGAACGUGCCUCGAAGCCGCGCACAGCAAACUUGGAUAGAAUUUCCAAGACCACCAAGGAAUUGUUGGAAGGAAGGACUUUGAGGCUCGAUCCGAAUGCAUUGCACAUUGAGCAGUUAGUAGCAAACACUGGCUGCAGAAAACCGUUGCAGGAGGAUCUUUCGAAAUACAGGCAGAAGAAGAUUCUGGAAGCAGCACAAACAAGGAGUCUAAAGAAGUGCCGCAGGAAUCUCCGCGAAUAUAAUAUUCCGGUAGCAGCCUUGUCGAGCGAAGACGGGACUAGCACGUCUUCUCGUCGUGAGAUUGAAACCAUUACGGAGAGGUUCUACUCGAACCUCUUCCGUUCAUCAACUCCCGUGUCAAGCCCGAUCAUCCUCACUGGUGAAGCUCCACCACGGAUUCUCCCUUCGGAAGUACGAGUCGCUGUCAACAGCAUGGAACCUGGCACAGCCCCCGGACUUGAUUCUAUAUCAGUAGACUUUCUUCGGGGGUGGUGGACAUCCACUUCAUGUAAUCUCAGCAGCGCACUUGACGUCCUACCUUCAGAAAGAAAGGAUCCCAGGCCAGUGGAAUACCUAGCGAAUCGUUCCUAUCCAUAA